UUAACUGAAACAAAUCUUUGUUUAUAUGUUAGACAAUAUGUUAAGUAAAAUUGUUUAUUAACCAAUUUUGUCUGUUAUUUCAUUUUGCAGUUUGUAUGAUGACAUUUUGGAUGUUAGGUUCUUUUUUGAUGCUUCAGAAAUGUUAGAGCUGAAGCUCUGCAGUUCAGAUGUAACAUACCUGAAUAUGAUUGCAGUGAUGGAAACCCAAGGAUUUAGUGAAUAUGAUCUGCUGUUUCACAUUGAGAAUCCAGAUUUAGGGGAGAAAGGAUUGGAGAUGGUAGAGAGUAAUGCUGAGUUGCAAGUAGUAAAGAAGCAGGUUGAGGAGUGUAAGGUUUUAAAUUUGCUAGUGAGGGCAUGUCCACCUCCUUGCAGCAAGUUUGAGAGGCAAGAAUUAUCCACUGUUGUGUAUGAAGAGCCUGUGUUAUAUGAUCUCAGUGAGCCACCCAUCUAUGUUGUUGAUGAAGAAGGAGUUGCCUUGGAAAGUCAGAGUAGCAGCUGCAGUUUAGUAGCUCAUGGUACUGGUGUUUGCACACAAGAGAGCAAGAAUGUAAAAGGAAAACUGAAAGCUAUUUUGGAAAUAGAAGAAGAAGAGGGAUAUGAUGGCAGUGGUGGUUCUGAUUGUGAAGGUGAAGAUGACAGUGAUGUAAACCCUUUUUAUAUGGGUGAUGCUGAUGACAUAGAGAUGGAUGAGGGAAAGAAACAGAGAGAGUAUGAUGAAGUAGAAGAGGAAGAAACAGAUGAUGAAGAAUCUGAGGAGGAAGAAAUGGUGCAUUACUCUGGUGACACAGAGGUUGAGGAACCUUUUGAAAUGGAUGAAGAUGACAAGGUUGUUCAUAGGAUGAAGAAACUGUAAUUGUACAUGAAGAGAAGAAGAAGAAGAAACAAAAGCUUCCAGUUAGGAAAGGGCCUACAACAAGGAACAUCCAAGUGUAGUUCAAGAGGAGGAACCUGAUUUCCAACCUUCAUCUGAUGAAGAAGAGCAAGGAUUGUUGAAGGAGGCUGAUGAUGAUGGUUAUGAGCCAUUGGCAUUUGUGCUGCCAAAGAAAAGGAAGAGCAGGGCAAAGCAGAGGCCUCCUAGAAAAUGGUACAAUGAGAAAAUGGAGGCACCACAUGAGCAAUUAUGUCUACAGAUGUGUUUCAAGGAUCAACAUCAAUUCAGAGAGGCUUUGUUGAACUUACACAUCACUCAAGGCAGAAACUUCAAAUAUCAUAGGAACUCAGAUCAAAGAAUAAUUGUAGAAUGCAACCAAAAACAUUGCAACUUCUUUAUGGUGGCAGCAGUUAUAAAAGGUGAAACUACUUUUGUAAUUAAGAAGAUGAGAAUUAAGCACACUUGCCCUAUUAGUACAGAGACAACAAGGGUAAGUGCCAAGUGGCUUGCACAGAAGUAUGAGUCACUGUUCAGAUCUGAUCUAACAACUGGCAUUCAGACUUGGAUUGAUGCCUGCAUGGAGAAGUAUUGUGUGGAUGUGCCCAAGUAAAUGGCAUAUAGGUGUGGUGUGGAUGUGCCCAAGUAUGUCCUAGAUGUUAGGAAGAAACCAAUUAGGACAGUGUGUGAUGGAAUAAAGGAUAAGCAGAUGGUGAGGUGGCAUAGGAAUAGGGAGAGUGGAAAGAAAGCUAGAUGCGACAUAACACCCCAUUAUAGUGAGAUGCUAGAGAUUGAGAAGGAGAGGGCCAAAUAUUGCAAACCAAUUCAAGCUGGUGUGGACUUGUGGCAAGUUACAAGUGGGCAGCAAACCCAUGCUGUUAACUUGCAAAUGCACACAUGUGGGUGCAGAAAAAUGGGACCUAAGUGGCAUCCCAUGUAACCAUGCCAUCUCAGCAAUAAACAAGGCCAAAAGAAAACCAGAGGAUUAUGUCAGCAAGUUCUUCAAGAAAGAAAUUUAUCUGGCAGCUUAUGAACCAAUGAUCUAUCCAGUUCCUGGUGAGCAUGACUGGACAAGGACCCCUGGUCCAGUCAUUGACCCACCUGCAUUUGAAGUGAAGAGAGGAAGAAAGAAAGAGAAGAGGAUCAAGGGGAAAUUUGAAGUUCCAAAGCCUAAGGAGACAUCAAGAAUGGUGACUAUAACAUGCGGCAAUUGUGGACUGCAAGGACAUAGGUACACAAGCUGCAACAAGCAGUUGAAGCCUGAGCUGGCUUUGAGGAAGAACAAACAUGUGCCUCUUGCAAGGAAUUCCAAUGCUGGUGCUGCUGCUACUACACAAGCAUCAACAACUUCUCAUCCAACUCCUACAACAACACCAACAGCUGGAACAGGAGCUGGGAGAGGAGCUGGGAGAGGAGCUGGGAGAGGGGCUGCAGCUGCAGCUGCUGGGAGUGGUGCUGCUAGAGGUGCUGGUAGAGGUGCUGGUAGAGGUGCUGCACCAGGUGCUGGGAGAGGUGCUGGGAGAGGGAGAGGUACAUUCUCUGCCCCAAGGCAAUCUGGUCCCUCCACAUCUACUGCUCCCUCUACAUCUAUUGCUACUCCACCUUCUGGUGGUAGAAACAGAGGAUGGAGAGCCUACUUCUAUGCAAGUGGUAACCACUAAAUGGCACAAGUGCCAUGUAAUGUUCAAAACUAGAUAUUUCAUGUGUGUUCUUGCAUCCUAUGGUACAAUGUGAUCUUGCUGGUGCUCUUAGUGUACUUUGCUGGUGCUCU